AUGGAACCCGUUUUGCGUCCGGACCGGUUGGAUUUGGACCCUCAAGACCCUGACGCAGCUCUCGCUUUUGAACUCUGGCUUGCAUGCUUCCAAUCGUACUUGGCGGAGCUUCGUGCGACUGAACCCGACGUUAUGCACAGAAUCCUACUCUCGAGGGUCACCCCCAAAGUUUACUCCAUUAUCCGGGACCUGCCGACCUACGAACGGGCACUGGACGCCCUCAAAAGACAGUACCUGCGGCCGGUGAACACCGUCUAUGCAAGACAUCGUUUAGCUACCCGGCAACAGUGGGCUGGCGAAUCGUGCGCUGAGUUUCUCCGAGCACUACAGACACUCGUCCGAGCUUGUGACUGCAAGACGCUUAUGGCAGAACAGCAUGCGGAGCUGCUGGUGCGAGAUGCCUUUGUGACGGGACUGAGGUCAGUGUACAUGCACCAGCGGCUGGUGGCAACCAAAAGCAGGAGGUACAGCGCGGGGGACAGGGCCUUCAUUCAGUCGGAGGUGCAGCGGCUGCUCAGGGAGGGGAUCAUUGAGCCAAGCUCAAGCCCUUGGAGGGCCCAGGUAGUUGUUGUUCGGACUGGGCAGAAAGAUAGGAUGGUGGUGGACUAUAGUCAAACCAUCAAUAGGUUUACGCAGCUUGACGCAUACCCCCUACCCCGCAUCGCGGAUAUGGUCAACCAGAUUGCUCAGUAUAAGGUGUACUCGACAAUAGAUCUGAAAUCCGCUUAUCACCAGCUCCCCAUCUGCCCAGAGGACCGCCCCUACACCGCCUUCGAGACGAGCGGCAGGCUCUAUCACUUCCUGCGCGUCCCUUUCGGUGUCACAAAUGGUGUCUCUGUCUUCCAGAGGGAAAUGGACUGGAUGGUGGACCAGUACCAACUGCAGGCCACAUUUCCCUAUCUGGAUAACAUCACCAUCUGUGGUCACGACAGGCCAGAUCACGAUGCCAACCUCCAACGAUUUCUCCAAGUGGCCGCAGCUCUGAACCUUACUUAUAACAGGGACAAGUGUGUGUUUGGUACCACCCGCCUUGCUAUACUUGGGUAUGUCAUGGAAAACGGGGUUAUUGGGCCUGAUCCCGAACGUAUGCGCCCCCUGUUAGAGCUCCCUCUUCCCACCACUCUCAAGGCCCUCAGACGGUGCCUGGGUUUUUUUUCCUAUUUCGCCCAAUGGGUCCCCCAUUACGCAGACAAGGCUCGCCCCCUGGUCAAGUCUACCUCGUUUCCCCUCUCUGCUGAGGCCUGCGCGGCCUUCAACUGCAUUAAAGCGGACAUUGCCAAAGCUACGAUGCAUGCAGUGGACGAGACCGCUCCCUUCCAGGUGGAGUGUGAUGCCUCCGAUUUCGCUCUGGCUGCUACCCUCAAUCAGGAAGGCAGACCAGUAGCAUUCUUUUCUCGCACCCUCCAAGGCUCCGAAAUUCGGCACUCCGCGGUGGAGAAAGAAGCCCAGGCCAUAGUGGAGGCUGUUAGGCACUGGCGGCACUAUCUUGCUGGCAAAAGGUUCACCGUGCUGACCGACCAGCGCUCGGUUGCGUUCCUGUUCAGCAACGAACAGCGGGGCAAAAUCAAAAAUGAUAAGAUUCUGCGGUGGAGGAUAGAACUUUCCACCUACACCUAUGAUAUCCUGUACCGGCCUGGCAGACUUAAUGAGCCCCCUGAUGCCCUAUCCCGGGGAACAUGUGCUAGCACACAGCUCGACCAGCUGUACACCCUUCAUGCACAACUUUGCCAUCCGGGGGUCACCCGAUUUUACCAUUUUGUGAAAGCUCGGAACCUGCCAUACUCCCUGGAGGACAUCAGGACGAUGACCAGGGACUGCCAAAUUUGCGCUGAGUGCAAACCGCACUUCUACCGUCCUGACACGGCACAACUUGUCAAGGCCACCCGCCCUUUUGAACGACUGAGUGUUGACUUUAAGGGCCCCCUUCCCUCCACUGACCGCAAUGUCUAUUUUCUCAGUGUUAUCGACGAGUACUCACGGUUCCCCUUUGCCAUCCCCUGCCCCGACACCACUGCCAUGUCCGUCAUAAACGCCCUGCGCCAGCUCUUCACUCUGUUCGGGUAUCCCUGCUAUAUCCACAGUGAUAGAGGGUCCUCCUUUAUGAGUGAGGAGCUGCGCCAGUACUUGCUAGCUAGGGGCAUUGCUACUAGUCGGACCACGAGUUAUAAUCCCCGGGGUAAUGGCCAGGUGGAGCGGGAGAAUGCCACAGUGUGGAAGGCCACACUUUUAGCCCUUAAGUCAAAAGGGUUGCCGGUCUCUCGAUGGCAGGAGGUCCUCCCUGAGGCACUGCACUCUAUCCGCUCUCUGUUAUGUACGUCCACCAAUGCCACCCCUCACGAACGCCUAUUCUCUUUUCCCAGGAAGUCUGUCACUGGGACCACCCUACCAGUUUGGCUGACGUCCCCGGGGCCAGUGCUGCUCCGGAAACAUGUGAGGAGCAAUAAAUACUCCCCGCUGGUAGAGAGGGUUCACCUUCUACAUGCGAACCCCCAGUAUGCUUACGUGGUCUUACCUGAUGGGCGGGAGGACACGGUCUCCAUCCGCGACCUGGCACCCGCAGGUGCAGCAGACCACUACCCUGAAGGCUCUCCGGUAACUAUGAACCCUGCACCAGAGGUGACACUGUGCUCACCAGGCCCUACACAGACUCCUCAUGACACUUGUAUACCGGGCGUUUGCUCAGCAGAUGACACAGAGGAGCUGCAUGGCCUUGGCUGUAGUGAGGUCCAGGCCUCAAGCCAAGGGCACGCCUGCUACUGCAGUCCAGGAGAGGAGACACCAGAAGCGAACGAACUGGCCACUAUGGACCCAGCGGACCCGAAAACCCUGCAACAAGUCCUCACCAGCCAGGGCUCCCUACUGGGUCUGCACCAUCAACUCCUCCGGGAUGUCGUGGACAACCUCCGUUCCCUGUCCGCUAACAGAAGGAAGAUCGGUGACCUGGUGAACUGUGUAUCCACUAAUCUUACCCCAUCCUCUCCUGGCACACUGUCAAAGCAGUCCAGGCGGUCUGUAGGGCAACCCCCUACGUGUCAGCAACACCCCCGCCAAGACAGCCGCACAUACCUGAACCGGAGCACUAUGCUAGGGGUUUGGGGAAGUGCCGGGACUUCCUUCUGCAAUGCUCCUUGA